AGCUGAAUAAAGAACAAGAAUGUUUUCAGUGGAGAGGUUCAGAGAUGUCAACGAGACUGCUGCAGCUGAGGAAAUAUGUGACGAUGCUACAAGAGCUGCCGUCGAGUGCAAGGCAGAGAUCGACCGUCAUCACAGGGAGCUGGAUACCGUGUGGAACCCUGACAUCCACUUACUCAGAUUAGACGCCCCACAGCAAAACGUGUGUAAGGAGGAGGAGACUGUGGCUGAGCAGGAGCUCUGUCACCAGGAGAGGAAGUCCAGUCUGGCCCAGGAGGAGCCAGAGCCUCCACAGAUUAAAGAGGAGCAAGAGGGAGAGCAGUUCAUAAAGGACGAGACUGACACGUGGAUGUUGACUCCUACGAAGGAGGAAAGUGAGCACACAGAAGCAGAUGGACAACAUGAACUCCAGCUCCUUUGUCACAACUCUCAUGUUGCUGAGAAUCAAGAUCCCACAGAGAGAAAGCAGACAGACGCAGAAAUAACUGGAAAAUCAAAACCUAGACAAGAGAAAGGCAGACACACAGACGCCCCACAGCAACAUGUGUGUAAGGAGGAGGAGAUUGUGGCUGAGCAGGAGCUCUGUCACCAGGAGAGGAAGUCCAGCCUGGCCCAGGAGGAGCCAGAGCCUCCACAGAUUAAAGAGCAGCAAGAGAGAGAGCAGUUCAUAAAGGAGGAGACUGACACAUGGAUGUUGACUCCUACGAAGGAGGAAAGUGAGCACAGAGAAGCAGAUGGACAACAUGAACUCCAGCUCCUUUGUCACAACUCUCAUGUUGCUGAGAAUCGAGAUCCCACAGAGAAAAAGCAGAAAGACUCAGAAAUAACUAGAAAAUCAAAACCUAGACAAGAGAGAGACAGAAAUCACACAGGUGAGAGUCGUCACUCUUGUUAUACCUGUGGAGAAGGAUUCUUGUCUACAUCGCAUUUGAAAAGCCAUAUGAAGACUCACACAGGGGAGAAGCCUUUCUCCUGCACCUCCUGUGGAAAAAGAUUCAGACGUGAAUCAUAUUUGAAUGAUCACAUUCUUACCCACACAGGUACAAAGCCAUACACCUGUGAUACCUGUGGGACAUCAUUCACCAAGAAAUGUACAUUGGAUAGUCACUUAAAGAUCCAUACAGGUGAAAAAUCAUACACCUGCACAAUGUGCAACAAAUCUUUCAGACGAAAAGGUCAUUUGACGGUCCACAUGAGAUUACACACAGGUGAAAAGCCUUUCUCCUGCAGCACCUGUGGAAAAAGAUACAGGUGUAAAUCUAAUUUGAAUAUUCACAUUCUAACUCACACAGGUACAAAGCUGUACACCUGUGGUACCUGUGGGAAGUCAUUCACCAAGAAAUGUAAUUUAGAUUCUCACUUAAACAUCCAUACAAGUGAAAAACCACAUACCUGCACUAUGUGCAACAAAUCAUUCAGACGAAAAGGUACCUUGACAGACCACAUGAGAACACACACAGAUGAGAAGCCUUUCUCCUGCAGCACCUGUGGAAAAAGAUUCAGGCAUAAAUCAAAUUUGAAUCAUCACAUUCUUACUCACAGAGGUACAAAGCCGUACACCUGUGGUACCUGUGGGAAGUCAUUUACCAAGAAACGUACUUUGUAUACUCACUGUAAGAUCCAUACAGACAAUAAUGCGUAAAAAGAGACUUUGUCUCCUUUACUUUUUCAUGACUAGUGGUCGGUCAUGUCGCUGUUAAAGUUAUUGUUACUUGCAUUGAUGUUCCCCGGGUCCUCGUGCCAGGGUAAAUACUUCCCCACUCUCAACUUUUACAGUGCAUGUGGAGCCAGGAUCCUGUAACACUACUGAAAAUUCUCCAACUGAUAAAACUACCAUAAAUGCCAGGUUGAGAAACGGCCAUGAAACUAUUUCUCCUGUCAGCGCCAUGAAUCACACCAGGCACAGGGACAUCACAAACAGCUCUCUACUAGGGGUGGGAAUCACAGGAUACCUCACGAUACGAUGUGCGGUACAUGGUCCAUGAUACCGAUAUUAUCACGAUACUGCAAUAACUGAUACAUUGCAAGAAAAUUGUAUAACAGUUAGUGCUGUCAAUUGAUCAAAAAAUUAAUCAAGUUAAUUACAUCACUAUGCUGUGAUCAUUCAUGACAGCAUUAAUCACAGCAUUUCUUUAGUUUUGGUAAUUUUUAGAUUUUUAAAUUUUUAUACGAUACGCGAUACAUGGUCCGCGAUAAUGAUAUUAUCAAGAUACUGCAAUAAUCGUUAUACUGCAAGAAAAUCACAAAAUAUGUCUAACUAGAGAAUGCAAAAUAGUUUUUCAAAGAUCAAAUGCAAGAUUUCUUAAUUUAUUCACUGCAAUUUAGUGUCAGUUUCACAGAAUUUGACACAGACUGAGCUGAAGCACUGAAACAAACUGUCCAUCCUGGUUUUAUUGUAUUUAAGCUCUGCCUUUGACACACUUGGCCAUAACAUCCUACUACACAGACUAGACAACUACACGGUGCUCUCAGAAUCUGUCAGUCACUGGUUUAAAUCACAUUUAAAGAAGAGCACAUUCUCAGUUUUACUCUGCAAUUUCACCAGGGAUGUUCUGAUACAAUCUUUCUUUCCCAAUACGAUUCCGAUACCAAGGUGUUGGGUGUCCAUCUGGACUGGGGUUCCACAAGGGUAAAUUUGCUUGAAUUGUUCAUUGCCUUCAUUUGAUUGUUUUUCACCUUCUGUAAAGCACAAUGCAUUUACAUUGUAUGAA